UCGAGAGGGCUUUAAAUACGGCGGCGACAGGGGCACGAGGCUGUGGAUCACCUGGUGCAAUCCGACCUCCCAUCGACUCCACCUCACCUGCAGGCUCUCCCAGACCAGACAGACGCCGCGAUGCUGAAGACCGCGACCACCCUGCUCCUGGCGCUGUGCGUCGCUGCGGCUUUGGCCGCCACGGCGAAGGAAGCGAAGCCCGGCCCGGCUUCCAAGGCAGCGGGGGGUGCCCCAGGAGAGAAGGCGGCGGCGGCAGGAGGCGCAGCUGACAAGGCAACGACGGCGCCCCCCAAGAGGAAGGGGCCCCAGACCCUCUCGAGGGGUUGGGGAGAUGACAUCACAUGGGUUCAGACUUACGAGGAGGGGCUGGCCAAGUCCAGAAACACACGGAAGCCGCUGAUGGUGAUCCACCACCUGGAGGACUGCCCCUACAGCAACAGCCUCAAGAAGGUCUUCGUGGAGUCCAAGGACAUCCAGCGGAUGGCCCAGGAGGACUUCGUUAUGCUCAACCUCCUGCACGAGACCACAGACAAACACCUCGCCCCAGACGGCCACUACGUCCCCAGGAUCAUCUUUGUCGAUCCAUCCCUCACGGUGCGCGCAGACAUCACGGGCAAGUACAGCAACCGCCUGUACGCUUACGAGCCCAUGGACGUCGAGCUCCUGGAAGAAAACAUGAGGAAGGCGCGGAAGAUGCUCCACACGGAGCUGUGAGCGGAGGCCUCCAUCGCCUCUCUCGUGCCCCGGGUGAACCAAGGCUUCCUGGUUCCCCCGCGGCUCCCCGGUUCGACUCCCGGCCCGGGGGGGGGUCAGCGUCCCUCCUCGCUGGGGGCCGUUUCCCCCGAUCGGGGUCUGAUCCCUCGCGACUUCAAGAGCCAUGAACCUUGAACCUUAAUCCGUGACCUGUUUUUUUAUUCCUUGUUUAAAACGCGCGGUGAUUCCUCCUCCAUCCGUGCCCCCCCCAACCCCCCCACUGGAUCCGUUUUCGGAUCGUACCGCGUGUUGUACGGCAUGCCGUCGGCCGACGUUUCGCUCCACGUGCCGGGGAGCUUCGUCAAGCUGCUCACAAACGUGGGGCGCCAGUGACGUCCCAGCCACGCGUGCGCGACAACUCCGAACGCGCGGCGCGGAGUAGAGCCCCGACAAACCCAAGUAGUGCCCCUACCCCCACCCACUUCUCUAUCAAUGUGUCUCUCUUAAACCUUGGUGAACAUGAAGGGUGACUGGGCACGGCUCCUAUGCAGUUUACACUCAACACGUUGAGCUGAGAGUGAGAGUGUUUAGCGAGUGUAGUCACGUGUAAAGUAGUGGAUAACUUUCUGUAAAAUAAAGCGAACAACGUGUUCAACGCC